AUGGAUGCUAGAGACUUAUGCCUAGUUGCUAAUGUGGUGCUUCCUCAUAAGUUCAAAGCGCCAGAUCUACCAAAAUACAAGGGUUUAGGUUGUCCUAGAAGUCAUAUUAUUAUGUAUUGUAGGAAGAUGUCAUCCUGCAUUGAUAAUGAUGAGCUUCUUCUCCAUUUCUUCCAAGACACCUUAUCUAGGGCAUCCUUAGACUGGUACAUGAGCUUAGAGCGUAGUAAAAUCAGAUCUUGGAAGGACUUGUAUGAAGCCUUUCUCAAGCAAUAUGAGUAUAACCUAGAUAUGGCUCCCACCAGGUUACAACUGCAAAAUCAAGCCUGCAAGAGCAGUGAAACAUUCAAAGAAUAUGCUCAGAGGUGGCGUGAAAUUACUUCUCGAGUUAGACCUACACUGGCAGACGCUAAAUUGGUUGAUAUCUUCAUGAGCAUUCUUCAAUGUAUGUACUAUGAGAAGAUGGUUGGUAGCUCAUCGUCCAACUUUGCCGACAUAGUAACCAUUGGAGAACGACUUGAGAAUGGGCUUAAAAUAGGGAAGAUUUCUAGUAUUAAUAAUCAAACAGUGGUCAAGUAA